CAGAAAUAAUGGCAAUCCUUAAGAUAAUGGAUUAUUUUCGAAUAUUCAUAAAAAUAUUCAUACAGGAUAAGAGUAUUUUAUGAAUUUAUAAUGUUUGGAGAGAAAAUUGAAGAUUAUGAAUUAUUAGAGCACUUAGGUAAAGGAGGAUUUGCACAUGUAUAUAGGGCAAGAUGUCGGAAAACAGGAUUGUUUGUUGCUAUCAAAAUGAUAGACAAGGCACUCAUGGCGAGUGCUGGUAUGAUAGGUCGAGUCAGACAAGAGGUUACCAUUCACUCUCGCUUAAAGCACCCUGCUAUACUAGAACUAUAUACAUUUUUUGAAGAUGCACAUUAUGUUUAUUUAAUAUUAGAAUUAGCACAUAAUGGAGAAUUAGCUAAGCACUUUAAAUUAGGAACCCAUGGUCUUUCUGAAAAAGCAGCUGCAGAUAUUUUUAGACAAGUACUAAGUGGAGUUAUGUACCUACAUACUCACAAUAUUAUACAUAGAGACUUGUCAUUGAAUAAUUUAUUAUUGACUAAAGAUUUGAAUGUAAAAAUUGCUGAUUUUGGUUUAGCAACACAGUUAAAUGGACCAGAUGAAAAACAUGUCACAAUGUGUGGCACACCAAAUUAUAUAUCUCCCGAGGUAGCUUCCAGGGAGUUUCAUGGAUUACCUGCUGAUGUUUGGGGACUAGGGUGUAUGUUAUAUACCUUGUUAGUGGGGAAACCACCAUUCCAUACUCAACAUGUUAAAACCACCCUUAAUAAAGUUAUUAAUGCUGAUUAUAGAAUACCUAGUGAGUUAUCUGUGCAGGCACAAGACUUGUUACAGAAACUUCUGUGUAAGGAUCCAACUAAAAGAAUAACACUAAAAGGAAUUAUGGAGCAUCCUUUUCUCAAUAAUAUAUUUAAUGGAAUAAAUUUAAACAAACAAGAGUUAUCACGGGACUCGGGAUUUUUAACAACAAUGCAUAGCACACAACAUAGUGCAAAGAUUAGAGCUGAAUCUAAAAAUUCUGAAUAUUUAGGUGUCUAUAAAGGUAAUGAAGAUUUUUUACCAAGGGACUAUUUAGAAAGUAAUCAACAAUAUGAAGUAUUUUCUGGAAGACAAAAUGAAGAAUCUAUAUCUACUUUCAGUAAUAAGUGCAAUAAUAAACAUUGUUCUAAUAGUAAAGGAUCAGUUGAAUUAUAUGAUGGAAGAAAUCUAAUGGGAGAAAAUAAUAUGUUAACUUCAGCAAAAAAAAGUAGUAGUACUUGUAACAGUACUUCAAGCUUAGCUGAAAAUCUCAAAAGAUUAAAUGUUAUGGGUCCUGGACAAAGUAAUUUACAAACUUAUAAUGUAGAAGAAAAUAAAGAAAAUAUGGCAAAACAAUGUGUUGUUAACACUAACUCACUGAGUGUUCCACCACUUUGUUCCGAAAGAUUACCGACAAUUUCGCAUCGUACACGUAAUGCUAUAUUAAAAAUCGAACCCUCAGGGGUCAGUGUAGAAUUUAUUAAAAAAAAAGGAAAAAAUAGAGAAGAAAAAGUUGUUGAAAUAUGCAAAAUAUCUAAAGAUGGUAUGAAGAUAAUAAUUUACUCUGUAGAUAAAGAAAAAGAUGCAAAUUGCUACAUGGAACAUGAUCCCUCUCCUGACGAAGUGUUUUCAUAUCAUAACUUGCCUCAAAAGCAUUGGAAGAAAUAUCUGUAUGCAUCACGUUUUGUUGAUCUGGUAAAGGCUAAAACGCCGAAAAUCACACUCUACUCCUCACAAGCUAAAUGUCAGCUCAUGGAGAACGGAACUGAUAUCGAUUUAUUCUUUUACUCUGGUGAGAAAGCUACAUUUACCUCUACUGAGGGUAUGAAAGUCAUUGACAAAAAUCUAAAAACACAUACUAAUCUAUCAGCUGUUCCAGAGUUGAAAUAUCUCAUUGAGCAUUUUGAGGAAUGUUCCAAUCGCAUGAAAAGAAUACAGUUAGCAUUAUCCAGUAUACCAGAUGAGUGCUUUCCACUAAUCAUUGGCAAAAGACCAGUUAAUUUAACCCCAGCUGCAAGUGUACCAGAAGCUGCAAGUAAAAACUUUACCACACCAGUAUUUAAUAUUGGCUCAUUUCACAGAACAAAUAGCAGAACAACUGGUUUCAGUCAAACAAAAAGCAUAGACUCCUCUUAACCUAAGCUUUAAAUAAUUAUUUUAAUUAUUCUUGAGGAAUGAACUUUAGAAAUGUAGAAAUACGUAAAUUAAAGAACUAUUCUCGUAAAAAGUACUGUUAACUAUCGUUCAUGAUUCAAUUCAAGAAUCUUUUUAAUGUACCAAAAUUUCCAAAACAAUGAACCUCAAUGUAUUUCAUUACAUUAUCCAUUAUUCUAGUAUAUUUUCACAAUAAUAAAUGUUUUAAUCUUUA